AUGCCGUACCACCCUUCGUCCCCGGCGCCGAUGACCACGGGGGUGCCGGGAGCCAUCGUGGCCAUGACGGGUCAGGCUGGCUUCUCCCAGCCCAAGAAGCGAUACAUCGACGUUCCCUCGGAGGACCUCCUCGACGUCAGCGAGACCAGCAGCUACCUGAUGGGUGCGCUCGAAGACAUCAUCGUCAACUUCCCUCCUCGAAGCCGAUACCCGCACGAAGCUCUGCAGGGCCUCUGGUCUGGCCCCACGGGCAUCGCGUACCUCCUGCUUCAGGUCAGCGCCAGACUCCCAGAUUUGAUCGUAUCCGGUCAGCCGGCCUUGCACUGGGCUCAGUGCUAUAUUUCUGGGUCUAGGGGACACAACUUGCGGUUGGGGAGCCACGGUUGCGGGGUGUCGGAUGAGAGACUGGCAUUUGAAGCUGUCAGAGCUGCCCUGACAAAGGAUCUCAGCCACGUCAGGGACUUUGUUGCGACAGUGGAGCAGGUCGCCGAAGUGGCCGAAUUUCCAGACGAAAACCUGUAUGGGAGGGGAGGGACGUUGUAUCUGCUGAGAAUGGUGAAGCAUUGGGUCGGUGCUGAUAAGUGCGGCAAGAUUAUUGACCCUGCUAUGGCUGAGAUUGCCAACACCAUCCUGAAUAACGGGCUGGGGUCACCAGGGAAAAACGGAAGUCCCCGUGAAGAUAGACGAGCAAAAUGGAUCUGGCACGGAACACGGUACUUGGGAGCAGUGCAUGGAGACAUUGGCAUCAUUACUCAAGUGGUGCUCUCCAUGCCAAAUUUGGCAGACAGGGUGGAGAGGGUGCUGGAGAAGUUGUUGAUGAUGCAGCAGCACGAUGGGAACUGGCCCAGCAUUGAAGGCCAUACGAGCCCUGGGAAAGGUUUGGUUCAAUUUUGCCACGGCGCGCCAGGGUUCGUGAUAUCGCUUUGCUCUUUGCGGCCAUAUUUCCCACGACUACAGGACAAGAUCGACGGAGCGCUCAAAAGGGCAAGGCAAUGUAUCUGGACGCAGGGGUUGUUGAAAAAGGAGCCGAACUUGUGCCAUGGAAUAUUUGGCAAUGCUUUAUGUUUUCCGCCCGGCCCACAGCGACAGCACUUUCUGGCAGUCGCUACACCUGAGAAUGUGGCCCACAUGAAGUGCUCAGAUACAACCGGCACGGUAUUCGAAAGGGCUGAUUACGGACGAUCAUACUCAACCUUGACCAGCUACGCUCCCUGCGCGGUUUGGACCUGGCUAGUCGCGAGGGAACCAGACCCUAUCAUGUUGGGGUAUAACGAUGUCUAG